AUGGCUGUCCCGCCAGGUCGUUCAAUAUCACAUGGCGAUGUUCCUCACGGAAUUAUUGAUGUUUUGGAAGCCGCAAUUGCGUAUUCAGCCAUCCAUAGUGGUUUUAGUCUGCUCGAACAACAAUGUCUUCCAAUUCUGACAAAUUUGUACAUUUCCUGUAAGUUUGUUUUCCCACAAGUCGCGGGCUUCCACUUUGCAUUUUAUGAAAACCAUCCCUAUUUUUUGUUCCUGAGGUUUUAUGUAGAACAUGUAUGUCUUGUAAAUUAUAGCUUCCCAACGGCGGUGUUUAAAGUUUUCGCACACGAAGGCCAUUUUCUCACGUUAGGAAAGUGGAGUCUUAAGUCCUUUUUGGACCUUAGAAUGACCAUCGAAUGGCCAGAUGUCUGAGUGCCUAGAAUCUUGUUUGUUAAUGCAAUGUACAAUCUGCUUUCUGUUGCGUUAUCCCCUUGACGUUUGUUCUCAAGCAAUUGAGUUUGGGACUGUCAGGCAGCUAUCUAACGUUCUAAUCAGUGAAAACCCGUAGAAAGGUCAGCCUUAUCCGAAUUCAAAAGUGCUGUUUCUGGGCCUACAAAUGCGGUCUGCUGCCCCAGAUAGUUGCAAAGGCACUAAAAUUGGACUUGGAAACCAACUGUGAUGGAAAUAAAAUAGCGGCCUUGAGUUUUGAAGCCAGGGAUAUCGACCUGGUUGCAGCGGAGAAUGGGGCUUUUGUGCUAGUGGAUAGCCUCUUCAGCCAUGGGUUGAACUUUUAUAUCCGAUCGGGCAAGGUGAUCAUGAGAUCCGUUAUCUUGUUUAUAAAGGGCCCGUGUCCUUUGUUGAACUGCAGAUGCUUCUGAAAUGAGCGUGGUAUAAGUUCGAAAACAAGGCUGAGAGUAUACGGGACUCCCGCCAAGACAACCAUCUGCAGUUAUGACUCAUGCGAUCUCAGAAAACAUUUGCUAAUAGUUCUUAUGUUCUAUUUUUCAAAUCAUACUUCGAUCGCGACUCCGAAAAACGACUGUUUUACUCUAGAACGCAUUCGUGACUCGUCCUUAUCUGCAGAUUGAAUUGCGCUGGCCAUGUGCUGUGCUGUCUCAAAGGAAAAGUAGCAGAUGAUACUGCACUGCAGGAUGCUGGUCCCGAUUGGCAGCGGCGUGGAGGUGGUCACAUGGAGAUGUGGGGGGAUGGAAUCAGAAGUGGCCUUCAGGGCACUACAGUUCUUUUAUCUACGAGACUGGCCUACCAGUUAACCCAAACUAACUUGUUAGUCUCCAUUCAACUGUCUGUACCACAGACAGAUCUUCAUGUUGUGACUAACCUUCGGCAUAGAAUCGUCUGGAUCAGCCUUGAUAAAUUCCGUCACAAAUAAAGAUAAGAACUGGCUCACCCUUGCUUGUACGUUACGGCUAUAAAAGCAAAAAGCGAUCCUGACGAUUACUGCUAAGGUUUUACUGGCGGAUUCAAAUAAGUAGAUCCUGCUGCUAUUCUUGUGCGACGGUCCGUUGUAACGGUAACAUUGCUGUGAUAACCGAAUACUGUUUGUUUCUCAGAUUGAAGUCAAGGCUAGAAGAUGGGUCCUCUACUAGCUUGACUACGGGCUACCCGGCCCGUUCACAGGUGACGGAUAGUGGAACAGUCUUCGACGAAGAUUGGCUACGAGAUGGACAGGCGAUUAAAUCUGACAGAUAAUCAGUCGCGACAGUGAUUCCAUGGCUCGGAGGGCUGCGGUCUGGCACUGCGACGUGACGACCAUGAACCGCCAUUUACUACGUUUGCUUGCCACCGUUGCCAUUUAAUUAGGUUCUUGAGCCCCAUUGCUAGAUGAAAUAACAAUGAACAAACAAUUUGACCGUCUAUAUUUAAAAAUUCACAGGAAACCUCAUGUACAUUUUCGUUUUAAGUAUUGCAAUUCAUGCUACGGCGUUUGCGGGAACCAGUACUUCCCGGAAACCCCGGUCUAUUGGCACAUACGAAUAGUGUGCGAGUUGGAUUCGAUCGAAAACGGGCUCUUUAUGUUGAAUACUUGCCAUUUACGAAAGACACCUCAGAUGGUUUGGACGCGCCAUUUGUUGCCGGCCCCAUGCGCUAAGUAUUGCUACCCAGGGUCCGGUGCCGUUGCCUACUGGGAGACGUCGAAGAGAAUGUUAAGUCGAAACCUGACUUGACACGAUCCGAUGAGACACGGAAGUACUUUCUAGACAUUCAGUCUCCGUCGCUGGAGGAGAGGACUGGUCGAGCUCCGGAUCCGGUAACUUGGAGCGAUGCAAUUCGUAACAUCGUCAAGACCAGCUAGAUCAGGUAUGGUCUUAGCCGUACCAAGUACAUUCAAAAAUAAAUAGAGGUCAGAAGAGCCGUACUGUUAUACAAAGCAUCUCGGAGAUCAGGACACCGUCAAAGCGGAUAUUAGAGAAAAUCGGGCCAGCUUUGUUCAAAAACUAGGAGAACUGCUCGUUUCAGAGCGAUAUGUUAAGUCGUGUUGAGAUUAACGCACUAUGACUAACCUUGAUCGUUAGGGCAUUCUGGUCUUGAUAGAUGUUCCUUACAAAGUUAUUGACAUUCUGUGGGAUGUGGUAGGUGUAACGUCUCUAGUCCGACGCAGCCUUUGACCAUGGUAAGUCGGCAAAAUUAGGGCUGUGGAUGAGUCUUUGUUUGAUGACGGACGACACUUUUCAUGCCUUUGUUCCACUCUGGCUCGUUAACUUUUUUCGAGUCCCUGAUUGGUAAGAUUGAUGGCCAGCCAGAAGUGACGGUAUUUCCACGGCACGACCUGUGACAACUUAUCCGGAAAAUGGACUUUGUUAUUUGGCAGCGGACCUUUACUGGAUUAAUUUCUCUGAAAGUCACCCAUAAACGCGUCGGGCCGUCCGCAGUCAAGUUAAUAGGUCGGCGCUGUCAUCCUAACGUCUAGUUUUCCUGGGCAAAAAGGUUUGGCAGGCACAAAACCUACGUAAAAGAUGGUGACUGUAGAGGCGAAAUGGUCGGACGGUAGUUUUAUAGUGUCGCUGAUAAGGAAAGUAUUAAAACUGAAGAAUUCUCUCCUGCUAAGCCAGCCAUAAUCACUAUCUAUCGGGUCACUGGAACGCUGGCAUUCAUCCCUGAUUAUUCCCCAAAACUGAACAGUUCUCCUUUAGGUCACACUUCAUGUACAUUGCGCAUUCAUUCACGUACUGCAUGCUCACAUCACUUUGAGAAUUUAACAGUCGUGUAUCUCGUCAUCGGUCAAGUCCACUGACAACAGCUAUGUCGUAAGGACUAGGAGGGAUUUAGUGCGGAAGGCUGACCGGCAGUGUAGCGUACAAUCCGUUAUUGUCGGAUCCAUUAAUAUGACUAUCUUGCGGUGCGAAUGUUUAUUUUAAAAUUGAGUCGUUGGCCAGAAAACUCAACUUAGAACAAACCUCUGAACCUUUUUAACUGGAAAAUUGUAAAAUUUAUGUCUGUCAGGGUUCCGACGACUACAGCAACGGGCGUUUCUACAUCGUCAUCGCAGGACCUGGUGUUAAAUACUUAUUUUAGUUUGAUUAGAAGAAGCGUAACUGUGCAGUGUUUGUUGCAAUAAGAGAACAGCUCAGAACCGGACAAGGUUAGAGAGAAGCUCUCCGAAAUGCGAUUUUGACCUGCUCUCCUUUAUAUUGACUGUGUCACAAAAGUUCAAGUUAGUGCGUCUUCCCUGCUCAUUAUUUAUACUAUAAACUGAGCGGUGGCAGUUAGAAGGCAACCACAGAAUUUUUGACGUUAUUGCCUUUUGCUCUUUCUGAAUAUGUCUUUAUAAUGCUAGCUUUUUGACAGCACAAAAUGGAGGGCAAUGCCUCUAAUAUAGCAGGCCCUCCAUCGAUGACCAUAAUUACCGGCAAGAACAUCCGACCACGAACAUGGCUUUUUUAAAAACUCCCAAUUAUUCCGCCACCUGCGUCUUUUUGCAUGCAAAACACGUUUACUUUAACCACAUAGCCAAGUGUGUAUCUCGGUUGUCCAUAUUUAUUUUUAGUUAUCGAAUCUAUUGGUUCUAAGAGCCUCGGCUAUGCGGAGUCAGCUGGAAGGACAAAAAUCGUUCUGAAUGACAUUUUGCUAGCAUUCAUAGACUUUGGAUUCGACGUAGGCUGCUUGCUCGAGCAGCCACCAGUCCGGCAAGCAAUUCGUCAAAUUAAAGAACGUGAGUGAUUCCUCUUUGUCCGUACCUUUCUACUCAUUCUUCUCGGUCCAAAGCACACUUUUGUUUCUUAUAGCUGCACCCACGGGCGACUUAUCACAGAAAAGCAUGACAAGUAAGCCUGUGCUUGGACCCAACGGAGUGGUUAUCAUACCCCGCACCCUAAGAUUGCGCUCUGAGGGCUUCGGUGCCAUCGUGAAUCGUUCUUCGGUUCUUGGCUCAUCGUCAACUGGUGCGAGGGCAGGCACCCCAGCAGCCGCUGUCGUGACUUCAAACAAGCCGCCGCCCAAGGCUCUCUCUCACCUCUUCCUGCCCCCCCUGCCAGACCCACACACCUACUUGACCACUAAGGUCACUCGUCCACCUCUGGCAUCAAAUGCUGCUGCACUGCGCCGUUUGGCCCUGGACCAAAAGCGUGAUGCACAGAUUUCCCUAACCAAAUUCCUUGCUCGCAUCCAGCCCGUCCACUACCUCUUCCCUGGGGAUCUGGAGUCUUUUCCACGUGAGCAGAGAUUGAGUUUUAGAAGAGAGGUUAUUCACCCUCCUCUGCCCAAAUCAUCUUUUGCUUCUGUUCUCUUUUAGUUCUCCUCCCACCUACUUCCGGGCAACCGUACUUAUCCGCUCUUUUGGCGGAUUCCCUGCCCGAAUCACUAGAGGGCAAUAAAGCAGCUGCUGCCUCCGGCAACUCCUCGGACUCGACGUCUGCGCCUAAGUCAGGGGAACAAACACAGAGUUCGCUUGAGCUUACGGCUGACCGAACUCAACGGACGGAGGAAAACUUCUUUCUGAAAAGGCCUCUUUUUCCGAGUGCCGAACUCGACUCGGCGGGCUUUGCAUGA